CAUUUUCGAAGGUAUGAUAUCAUUUUGUUCAUUCAUUACUUCCCCAUUCCAUCCUGUUUCUUAUCACAUAUUAGGUAUGAUAUCAUUUUCGAAGGUAUGAUAUCAUUUGUUCAUGCUCAUUACUUCCCCAUUCCAUCCUGUUUCUUAUCACAUAUUAGGGUAAAGGGAUAUUUUCUUUAGCAACAUGGAGGACAUACACCCACCAUGGCUGCGUAGUCUUUGUCAGUUAUCAGACACCCUCUUUUCAUCAUCACACGUCCAGGAAACUACUACAUAUGAGGCCCAUGGGUCGGCUAUUGAACCUGAUUUUGAGGAAUAUAUUGAAAAGAUGGGAAGUCCCAUUUUUCCCAAGAAGCCACAAAAAUUGUCCAAUAAAGACUCUUAUGAGGCCCGGAGAACAAAAGGUCCUAUAUCUGAGGAUGGGCCCAAUUUUGAUAAGGCUUUUAGGCUUUUCCAUUCACAAAAUGGUGUUGUCCCACUUUCUGAAGGAUCAUUGCAGUUUCCCCAAAAGUUGAAAGCGGAUUCAAUGUCUCACCAGUUUAAUCCUUUAGCAGCUAAGGCAGCUACAAUUAGUCUUUCAGGUUUUGGAGGGCCAUUUGGUUUUGAUGCAUUUGGCGAAAUGUUUAAGAAUCAACAAAAAAAGCACAAAUCUAACAAGAAAGACUUUUCUGAGGACUGGGGAACAAGAGGUCGUAUCAUUGCAACUGCUCCCAAUUUUGAUAAUAGUCUCUCAUGGUUUGACACUAGUUUUGGUGCAUUUAAAGAGAUUGGCUUCAACAAGCCUCAAAAAUCUUCCAAGAAAGACUCUUCUGAGAAUGGAGACUUGAAUAUGGGUGGGAAUUAUCCUUCUACAAGCUCAUACCUUGGUUCAUAUUUUGAAGAUCCCUUAGCACCAACUGACUCACAAUUUUCAUCAUCCAUGUAUACCCCAUGGCACUAUGGAGACAUAUGGCAUUCAAAUGGUGCGCUUACAAGGUCAUGUAGCAACACUAUACCAAUUGUGGCCAAGCCAUCCAACAACAAAAACAAAUCCUUGCCAGCAAUUUGGGGAGCAACAACCGCAUGGGCAAACAACUUUUUGCCUCCAUCAAUGCUCCCACGCAUGAUAGUGAUGUCAGCAAUUGGCAUGGCGACUAACGUCCCAUUAGGCAUGUGGCGACAACACACACCCACAUUCUCACCUUCUUGGUUCAUAGCCACUCUUGCAACCAUUCCUUUUUUCAUUCCCAUGUUUUGUGCCUCCGAUUUCAUUCCAAAACCCAUCAUGUUGUUUACACUUGGCGCCUCUGUCUUAUUGGGUCAAAUUAUUGGAUCUCUAGCUCAAUGGUAUCGCCUAGGAGUCAUUCCUAUUGAUACUACACCUCCAACUGUGACACAAGAUAUGGUUGUUGCUAGGUCUAAUGGGGCAGAAGCUACACCAUUCCAUAUUGAAGUGUCGAUAACUUUAUGGAGAUAUCGCGUUGUAUUUUAUGUUUCUUCACAAAAAAUUUCGUUGUGUGUGUCAUGUAAACAUACAUUGCCUGAAACCCUAACACAAACCACCUCUGCAAACAACCUUACACCUCAACCUAUGAUUAAACAGAUAUUAUUGGCUGGGGGAAUGGCAAUGGCUGCUAAAAUCCCAUUGGGGAUGUUGCAUGGUUUGAAAAAAUUUCAUUUUUUGGGCGAACUAUGUAACUGGGUUUUGAUGCAACCACAAACCACCAUGGCGUUGACAUUUGGUGGUUCGAUUCUGGGUAUGAUUGUUAGAUCUAUGGCUGAGCAGUAUCGCCUGGAACCCACUGCCGCCACACCUCCGCCUUCUCCUGAGACAGAAGCGUCUGUUGGUGGUGGUGGUUCUGAUCAGGCAGAAGAGAUGGCAUUCCAUAUUAAAGUGGUGAUAUCUUUAUGGAGCUGUCUAAUCUCAUUGGACUCUUCUCCAUUGGAAUCUUCAUUCCUGGUGUCACAACAACUUGCAUUGCCAAGUUCAUCAGAGUGAAAGGAUAUGUCAUUUUUUUUUGGUUGGUAGGAUUUAUUUGCAACAGCAUUAGAAUCCUUUAUUUUUAAUUUUUUUUUUGUUAUGUUUAGGGAGGUUUUUAAGUGUGUUGUCAUUUUAUCAAUUUCUUUUAUUAUCAGCUUCAUGAGAUACAAAAGAAACACUGUUUUACUUGCAAUUUUACCAUUUAUUCGUUGGUUGAACAUAUCAUGCAAAAGAUUUGUUACUUCUAUCAUAGUGAUACAUUGUUAAAAGCUGGAUACAUGAAGCAGUCAAAAAAUAUGUUACGAAUUAUUUGAUAGUUUAUGUUGUAU